CUGCGACUUCGAAACUCCAUCACCAACCCCGUCGACCCUCCACUAACACAGGUAACUUGGUAAGCGCAAUCCCCCACCCACGCUCCAGCAGAUUCGUCGCAUGCUUCCGUCAUGGAAGGUAGCGAUAGUGAAAAUGGCUAGAGUGCAGAGCGGCAGUAAUGCCCUCUCAUUCUUAGAGCAGCAGGAGCUAUUUAGUGAAUGAACAUUCGCUAAUGGUUUCUCUCUCAAUGACAGCCUCGACGAUAAAAUGGCACCCAAGGCCAAGAAAGCGGCUCCCGCGCCCUUCCCUCAGGGCAAGGCUGGUACGAAGAAGACCGCCAAGAACCCCCUCCUCGAGAAGCGCCCCAAGAACUUCGGUAUCGGCCAGGACAUCCAGCCCCAGCGCAACCUCUCGCGCAUGGUGCGAUGGCCCGCGUACGUCCGUCUCCAGCGCCAGAAGAAGAUCCUCAACCUUCGGUUGAAGGUCCCUCCUUCCAUCGCUCAGUUCCAGCACGUUCUCGACCGUAACACCGCCACCCAGGCUUUCAAGCUCCUCAACAAGUACCGACCCGAGACCAAGGCCGAGAAGAAGGAACGCUUGACCAAGGAGGCCACCGCUGUCUCUGAGGGCAAGAAGAAGGAGGAUGUGUCCAAGAAGCCUUACACCGCCAAGUUCGGUUUGAACCACGUCGUUGGCCUCAUCGAGAACAAGAAGGCGUCGCUCGUGCUCAUUGCCAAUGACGUUGACCCCAUUGAGUUGGUUGUCUUCCUUCCUGCUCUCUGCCGCAAGAUGGGCGUCCCGUACGCCAUCGUCAAGGGCAAGGCCAGACUCGGUACCGUCGUUCACCAGAAAACCGCUGCCGUCCUCGCCCUCACUGAGGUCCGCUCCGAGGACAAGAGCGAGCUUUCCAAGCUCAGCUCUGCCAUCCAGGACGGAUACCUCGAGAAGCACAAGGACACCAUCCGCCACUGGGGAGGUGGUAUCAUGGGCGCCAAGGCCAACGCUCGUAUGGACAAGCGGAGGAAGGCUCUCGAGAGCGCUAUCAAGAUCUAGACGGGUCUUGAUGGAUGUGUUAGGGAGAUUAGGGAAUUUGGUGUCUUAUCAUCUGCAUGUAGCGGGCUUCGAAUACCACGGAGUUUAGGACGGCCAAAAGCAGUCAGUUUCGACUGAAGAAUUUCAUGAAUACC